GUCUAAUGUACGGAUUGAACCGCGUUCUGGCACCAGCUGGCAACUUCCGAAAUUUGCUGCCAGAAUUUCCUCCCACUCCAUCGGCUUGAUGGGUCUCUCGCAGAUCCAUUCCGUCCUUAUCUCUGCCACUUGUCCCGACGCACAGCUGCCGUUUCAUUGCCACAAUGGCCGGUGUCACCGCGAGACGGCGAUCGCGAUCGCAGAUGGAGGACGCCCAUGAUGCCGAUGUCGCCAGAUUCGGCCACCGGUCUUCCCCGCCUCUUUCGGACGGCUCUAAGAGAAUGCGACUCAGGGGCGGACGAGGCGCCCCCAGUCAUCUGGAAGAAGAAGACGGCGACGACGACGACAGUGAAGAGACGAUGGGCGACUUUCCUGGAGGCGACCACCAUGAACCACAGCAACAAGUCAGCAGCCAUGUCACCAGCAACGGCACGCCCGCGACUGAGUUCACAACUGGUUCAAUCGUGCGCGUCAAGGUCGAGAACUUCGUCAUCUACGAAAAGGCUGAAUUUCUUCCCGGCCCCAACCUGAACAUGGUCAUUGGCCCCAAUGGCACGGGCAAGAGCUCCUUGGUGUGUGCCAUCUGUCUCGGUCUCGGCUAUCCUGCCAGUGUUCUUGGCCGUGCAACCUCAUUCGGCGAGUUUGUGAAGCAUGGCAAGGAGCACGCAACAGUGGAAGUGGAACUGCAAAAGCGGCCCGAGGAUCGUGCCAAUUACGUUGUCAAGUUGGUCAUCAAACGCGAGGACAACACGCGGAAAUUCUCUUUGAAUGGGAGAGAAGCCACCAUCAAGCAGAUACAGCACGUCACGCGUCAGUUGCGGAUACAAAUUGACAACCUUUGCCAAUUCCUGCCCCAGGAUCGGGUGGCCGAGUUUGCCGGCCUGAAUUCGGUGGAACUCUUGGCUAGGACGCUUCAAGCAGCUGCCCCGGAGGUCAUUACGGAGCAACAAAAUAGGCUGAAGGAGCUAUUUGAUGAGCAGAAGGCGGUGUCAAGGCAGCUUGCAACUGACGCGGAGACCCUUCGCAGCUGGGAGACCCGGCAGCAAGGUCUACAGGCUGACGUCGAGCGCCUGAGAGAGCGAGAAGAGAUUCAAGCCAGAGUUGUUGAUCUGCAAGAUGCACGCUUGGUCCUCGACUACGACGAGAAGAGAAGAGUCUUUUCUGAGUGCAGAGAGAACAGGCGCAAGGCGCAAGAAAGACAACGCAGACUCGAGGAAAGAUGUGCGCCCUCACUCGAAGAUGUCAAUCUGAAGCAACAGUACCAGAGAAAAGUUCAGGAUGCUUUGGAAGCUAGGAAGCGACGAGGCCAAGAGGUCGAGCAAGAUCUUAUGGAGACCGUCGCGCAAAUUGAGAAGACCGAGGAGGGUAUGCGGACUCUUGAGGCCAAGAAAUUAGCCGAAAAGCAAUCCUUGGACAAAAAGAAGAAGCUGGUGUCCAACGCUCGGACAAAAAUCAACCAGCUUGAGGGCCAGUACAAGAGUCAUCACUAUGACUUCAACCCUGCCGAAUGGAAUCAUAAAAUUCGUGAACAACGAGCCCGCCUGGACACCGAAUAUAAGGAAGAGAAGGAAGAGCUCGAUGCCGCGACAACUGAAUUAAGAGACCGCGGUAAGGAAAAGCGACAAGAGCAAGCCACCUUGAAAAAGGAGCUCGAGAACCUCAAUUCCCAGGAAGGCCAGAGACUCAACCAACUCAAGAGGGUUGAGCCUGAGGUUGCAAAGGCUUGGGAAUGGCUGCAAGAGAACGGUGACAAGUUCGAGAAGCAGGUUUUCGGUCCGCCAAUGCUGACCUGCUCCAUGAAGGACAAGCGAUAUUCGAACCAUGUGCAGUCACUGCUGCAGAGAGACGACUUUCUUUGCUUUACUGCCCAAACCAGGAAGGACCACAAGGAGCUCACUGAUCAGUUUUUCACAAGAAUGAAGCUGGCCGUUACAGUCCGAACAGUCACUGCGGAUCUGUCAUCUUUCCGCUCUCCCGUUCCCCAGGAGAAUCUCCCAGCUAUGGGUCUGGAUGGCUACGCGCUGGACUUCGUUGAGGGGCCCAAGCCGGUGCUUGCGAUGCUGUGCUCAGAGAAAAAGCUCCACCUUACCGGGGUGGCCCUAGAAGAUAUCAGCGAGGAGCAGUACCAGAAGAUCAAUGAGGGCGAGGUGUUCAAUUCAUUCGCUACUGGCAGCACCAUGUAUCGAAUUACACGUCGCAGGGAAUAUGGGCCUGGUGCUACCUCCACAAUGUCCCGUGCCAUCAGACCAGGCACAUACUGGACGGAUGGGCCUAUCGACUUGGCGGCAAAGAAUGAGCUCGAGCAGCGUCUCAAACAGUGCGAGGAUGAGUUCGGCGAAAUGAGACGCACGAACGAAGAGUUCAAAGCGAAGGGGGCAGCUUUGAAUGAGAAGAAACAGGAAAUCAACGACGCGGUGGCACAACUAGAAGAGGAGAAGAAUACCUUGCAGCGCGAAUUCAACCAGUGGAAGGCCCUGCCGGACAAAAUCGAUGUCUUGAAAUCAGGCUUACAGAACUCACUGAAGGACUUGAAGGACACAAAGCAGAGGCUCUUGUCCUAUGACGGCGAAGCUGAGAAACUUGCGCUGCAGAGGGCCCGACGUGCCUUGGAACACAGAAAGCAACUCGGUCUGCUCCGUGAUGCAAACCAGGCCAUAAUCGAGGCUGCCCUGCGCCUUCUUGAAGCCAAAUCAGACGUUGCGGCAUUGAAAGAGCGAAACUCGGAAAUUGUGCAGAGACUUGAAAGAGAAAGGCAUAGCCUACAGCUACUGGUUCGCGAAGCGGAGAAGGCCAAAGCUGAUGCCAAAGAUGCCCAGAACGUCAUUUUGGAACUCCUAUCAACUGGCCCAGAUAACACCAUCGACGAGGAAAGGAGGGACUUUCUCUCCGGGAUCAAGGAGGGCCUCACAUUGGAAACAAUGGACGCUGAAAUCCAGAGUGAACAGGCUAAGCUGGAUCUGAUCCAUGCCGCAGACCCCGGGGUCCUGCAAGAGUUCGAGAAGCGAGCUCGGGAUAUCGAGCGCGGUCAAAGGGACAAGGCAAAGCGGGAGCGGCAGCUCGAUUCACUGAAUCAGCAGAUCCAAGAGCUGAAAGAUGCGUGGGAGCCCGCGGUUGACGCUAUCAUCAACAGGAUCAACGACGCUUUCAGUUACAACUUCGAACAGAUCAACUGCGCCGGAGAGGUCAGCAUCCACAAAGAUGAGGACUUCGACAAGUGGGCAAUCGAUAUCAGGGUCAAGUUCAGAGAGAACGAGACGCUCCAGAAGCUCGACCAACACCGUCAGUCCGGCGGCGAACGCUCUCUGUCUACCAUAUUCUACCUCAUGUCGCUCCAGUCCAUGGCCCAGGCGCCUUUCCGCGUCGUUGACGAGAUCAACCAGGGGAUGGACCCGCGCAACGAGCGCAUGAUGCACGAGCGUAUGGUGGAGAUUGCGUGCAACGAGAACGCGUCACAGUACUUCCUCAUCACGCCCAAGCUCCUCCCUAACCUUAGGUACGACGCGCGCAUGAAGGUGCUGUGCGUCGCCAGUGGCGAGCACAUGCCGCACGAGGGCGGCAAGCUCGACUUCGCGCGCUGCGUCAAGAUCAAAAGGAGGCUUCUGGCUGCUGCCAGUGCCUGAAAUGUCUGAAGAGCUGAAAUGUCUGAAGAGCCUUGCACGGAGAAAGCGGGCGAGGGUUGCUUGUUAGUGGAAGGGCGUUGUUGGAAGGAUUCUUGGUUCUGGAGUUCUCGUUGAAGCAUGACACCUUCUUUGGGCGGAUGUUUUCGCCAUUCUCUACGAUACCCAAAUCCCCUGAGAUCAGGUUUCUGCCAUUGCUGCUGCGACCGUUGAUGAACCUUGUGACUUGGCACCGUGAUUUCCAUGCUUGGGCUAAUAACAUCUACCACGCGCUUCCAUUGCUUGGUUUUCGAGCGGCAAUAUUCUCAAAGAGGAUGUAAUUGUAGGUAGCUGCCGUGCUGAGGGCGAUUGUUCUUCUGCUCGAUCACUUCCCGGAGUUCCGAGCCCUUGGGCUACUCUUUGCUUCUUCUACUGCGAGUGUUUUCUAGCCGGUACUUUGAAUUCCGAUCACGAAAGAGGAGCGUCUUCUUUUACCAAUUUUGUUCACAUGAGUGAUGAAAUCUCCGGGACGCAUUGCAGCGUCACUCCCACCAAUGAUGGUCUUGGACAAAAGCAGCAACUCUCUUUGAUUAAUACCAAGGCCACUACUCGCCACCAUCUCGUGGCUUUUUACAAAGGGCAUAUGACAGCAAAUGGCAUGAACUCGCUUAUGCAGCCUUCAUCUUUAUGCUACAGCUUACAGUGUUCCUUCGCCUUCGCGAAAGACGGCGUGGGUCGAGAUAUCCAACAAAUCCAAAGGGGGAAAAGCAAUGGCUAUUCCUUGGGAGGGGAGCGCCCCAUUGCUUCUAGACCCUAUC